AUGUCAUCGGUUGAGCCUACAGAGAGAAUAGAACUACUUCUGAGUAGUCUAGAGAGAAACCUUGACUCUUUCAAUUCAGCUCACGGCCUCUUAAAGUUGAGUAAAGAUCUUUUGCAAAAUGAGAGCACAUUAGAUCCAACACAGGUCCGUUUAACAAAAAGGAAUUACAUCAUGGACUCGUUCAAGUUGGAUAAAUCUCAUAAAGAAUAUACGAACUGGGAAGACGAAACCAAACGUCAAUUCAUCAAGGGCGACAUUGUUAAUUACAAUAAAGUUGAGGCAAAGGUAGCCAAGUCCAAUCAAAAGUUGAACGAGACUAGUAAAACCUAUGAAGUUCUAGCCAAGUCAAUCCAAAUACCCACUUUCACAGUAAGUAUCAAGACUUUGGAGAAAUAUGGAAACGAGAAAUUGCUAGAUCUAGGGAGACUGUAUGGUAUGGCGAAUUUGCAACUAGUGCAGUUGUUUUCGUUGAGUGCUGACAGUGGCGAGAAACUCUUUCCCGAGUUUUCAAUUAUAAAGGACUUGAUCGACAUUGAAUACAGAUUGAGAGUUGAAAAAAGGGUGCAUUUGGAAAUAUUAACGCUGAUGAAGAAUAAAAUUCAAACACAGAACAGAACCUGGUCAGUUAGAGAUAAUCAGUUGAAAGAAUUCCUUGAUAUUAAGGUUAAGCAAGUUAUUGAUACCGUGGAAGAGGCACAAGCCGAGGAUAACAAGGUGAGGGAGGAAGAAGAAGAUGAAGAAGAAGAUGAAGAAGAAGAUGAAGAAGAAGACGAAGACGAAGACCGAGACGCAGACCGAGACGGAGAAGAGGUUGGGCGGCGCCACGACAUAGACAGCGAUGAGGAGAGUGACGGCGAUGAAGUGGAGGUGAGGGGGAGUCCUGAACCCCCAACGGAGAUUGAACAGGAGGAGGGAGAAGGCAACGAUAAAGCAGGGGACGAAAGAAAGAAUACACAAAACGGAUCAAAUGCGGACGCUCCUCCCAAUGGACUUGAUACAGCCGAGAAUUAUAUUCACCCAAAUUUUCAGAAUUCCAAUCUUGCGGGGAACUCUCAAACUGCCAAACAAACAGUAGAACCGGAGAACGACGAAGAUGAGAUGCUAAUUGAUUCAUGA